CUCAAGCACUGCUUGGAGCGUGCAACACCUCAGUCAAUAUUCCGUAUAAAUAAAGAGUUGUGGGAGACGACCUUGGACAAUCUGAUCGUUUUCAGAGAGUUCUGAAGAGCCUAUAUUGAAUUGUCAACAUGUAUGGGGCUUACGUCGUAGACGCCUUUGCGGAACAUUCCGUUUUGAUCAUUGCCCUUGCUCUCGUGGUUCUUUUGCUGUUUUCAAGAAAUGCCACUCCGUCAGACACGAGAAAGCCUCCUGGGCCAUGGAGUGUUCCCGUUAUUGGGAAUAUAUUUCUCUUCGGUUCAGCUCCUCACAAGAACGUCACAAAGCUCGCCGAACAAUACGGAAGAGUGUUUUCCAUGAGGCUUGGAAGUCGAGAAGUCGUCAUUCUUAAUGAUAUCGACACCGUGAAAGAGGCCCUGCUUAGGAAUGGAUCCGACUUCUCAUCUCGACCACCUUUGCACAGUUUCAUCUCUUCUAGCCGGGGUGAUAGAACAGUUGCGUGGCCCGUGUUUGGUCCAAAAUACUUCAAGAACAAGCGAGCGACGGAACUGGCCAUGCGAGCCAUUCUUGACAAUGCCAAGCACUUCUCAAAAAUAGUCCUCAGAGAGACACACGUGUUAAUCAAGAGCUUCCUAAAUUCGGAAGAGAGCCAUUUCGAUCCCACUCAUCUGCUAAAACUCAUGGUCUGCAGUCUGCAGUUUAGUUUGUUUUUCGGAGACAAGCUGCGACACGCUUGUGCCAAGAAGGCCCAGUUAAUGAUGGACGGUUCAACUGAUUUCAUUGAAAGCAGUGCAGUGGGAAAUAGCGUAGAUUUUAUGCCGUGGAUGAAGGUGGUAUUCAAGAAACAAGUGCAAAAACUUGACAAAUCUGUUGCCGAACUUACAGACUAUGUCAAGAAAGUUUACUUCAUGAUCAAGAAUGAUUCUGAGGUGAACACCUUGGACGACUCAUCUUCCAGGCGGGUAAUUACUUUUAACGAGGCACUGGAUAAGGCGGUGAAAGAUAAAGCGGCAUUAAAUUUCGGAAACGAACAAUUUCAAGAAGACCCAGCGAGUGCAGACUCAAACCACUUUGACGACGAAACUUUGAUUAACAUAACAGCUGAUUGUUUCGGCGGGGGAUACGAAAAAUUAUCCACCGCCCUUCGGUGGGCCGUGGCGUACCUUGUGUCGCACCGGGAUGUGCAAGCCAACCUGCGGAGAGAAAUAGAACGUGUGAAAGGAGAUUCGCCGCUGUCUCUCGACGACAGGAACAAACUUCCACUGUUGGAGGCCACUGUUCUUGAAGUAUUACGAAUGAGCAGCUUCCUGCCAUUUGCCUUACCCCACUGCACAACCCGAGAUACCAGCGUAGCUGGUUACCUACUGCCCAAAGGAACCAUCGUGUUUGUAAACCUAUGGGCUUGUUCUCGAGAUCCUCAGUAUUUUGACGAGCCUUACAAAUUCAAUCCAUAUCGUUUCAUGGAUGAAAACAGACAGAACGUUUUAAGGUCACCGUGUUUUCUGGCGUUUUCUGCAGGAGACAGAAAAUGUCCCGGAGAGGGCUUUGCCAAAUCGGUCAUAUUCCUGGUGAUUGGCACAUUGGUGCAGCACCUCAAGCUUCGCAAUGGAACCGAGGACCCGAUUGAAGACAAGUUCGGUCUGACUGUUCGACCUAAGCCGUAUUCGAUCCAUGUCGAUGCUGUGCGGUGAACUUGGAGUUUGCAAUGCAUCAACACUGACACAGGCUGGCAAACGCCGAUACAAGUAAGAGUAGGGACUGGCAUUUUUGUUCACGUUGUUCAUUCGCAAUGAUGAUUAACCAGUCAGCGACUGCUGCGCUAAAAUGUUGUCAUACAUUGUACGCUUCUGUUUAAAGAACGUUAACAAGAUUGAGAAACUGAGAUAGAGAUUGCUGAGUCAUUGUUUUGAGGCCUAGUUUGAGCUAUGAAGCAUGCAUGACCAAGUUUGAUAUGAAACUUCUAUAUCCAGUGACACAUAAGUGAUAGGUACAAGGAAUGUUUCCUUGUUUCAGUAGAUUUUCCAUGACUAUUCUAUUCUCAGUGACACGUUUUAUAGUUCAUAGUCUGCUUGCAUAUUUCUUACUCAACGAUCUGCACCCUUAGUGCAGUAAUGUAACACGAGGUGAUUUUUGUUUGUAUAAGCGAAUCAAUUAAUUUUCCCAGGGGUGUUCGUAGCAGUAUAUGUCACGCCAUCAGUGCUGCCCGUUAUAUCUAUACAGCACAGUGCUGCACCUUGUCGUAGUUUUUUCAAGCUGAAUUUUAUCGUGAAAGAAUUGCUGCAUUGCAUCGGACUUUCAUUUUAAAUAUCACAGAAGCACGAUCUAAGUCUUCAUUCAUUUAGUUGCCGUGAGAUGAUUUACAAGUGCUUGACUAACUGGGACGACACAGCUUAUAAUAUGCUAAGCGAAGAUAACCUUAACGAAAUUGAAACUUUGGCGAGAAAAAAAAAAAAGAAAAAAACUUUCAACCUAAGAAACGUUAUUGCCAAACGCAGAAGUGCUUUUUUAAGCUGACCACUGUACGGGAUGUGAAACUUGUGGUAACGUUUGCUACUGAAGUGUGCUUCUAAGAAAAAAGGCACGAUAUAAUAUAUCUAUCACAAAUGGUAUCGAAUUCAAUGACAAUCAGUUACAAUCUUCAAAUAUUUAAUAAAACAAAUGAGGGCAUGAAGCUGGACUGUGACUUUUUUUCAUAGCAAGCCAUUGCAGGUCUGUUCUUGACUAUCUCUUGGAAAUCUUGCACGUCAGUCGAAAGUGGGUUUAUGCACGUAAAUCGAAUGACCUAUUUUUCCCGAACUUUUAUCUGCAGGAUGCGAGGUAAGGUAAUAUGAAAAUUCUAGAUGAAACUUGCAAGGGCAUCGUUGUGUACGCGAGAUCGUGUUGUGUGGGGUCUCUGCUGUGUCGCAGACGGUAUGUUUUCGUGAUGAUGCCGGUCUCGAACUCCAGCUUUUAAACCACCUAACUGGAAUGAGGAGCAAUCUCAGUUAAUAGCUCUACGCCUGGUUUAGUAACCUUUAUCAUAAUAUUUCUUAACCGCUCACGAACAUUCCGUUUUCCAAACUCCAGACUGAAAUGCCGCGAUCAGGUCGUUUGGCAUAAAAUCCCAGACAAUUUUGCAAGUGGUAACGUGUUUGACACUGUCGACUAUAUAUUUUGAUUUUCGCAAUAUACAGUGUGUAGCCCAAUCAACACCCAAUUAAGUAAAAAGCCUAAGAAAAGCUAGUGUUUCAAGAACCAGCACAGCGUGUAAGGACGUCGGGGCAGAUUUGAAGAAUUGAUUCUUUAGCAUAUCACUUUAUGGGGCGCUGUUUUUCUUUCACGCCUGAUGGUUUAAGCCCUUUGUAUUAAGAAGAGUAUUCAGUUUCUCGACAUAACAUCAAUACAUGACUAAGCACAUACAACAUUUGCGUCAUGAGACUUGAGUCAGAAAAGAAUUUUUUAGAUAAACAAAUAAAUUGUAUCCUAUCUAGUGCUUAAUUAAAGACUUGCAAUGAAAAUGCAUAUGUAAGUUGAUUAAGUUUUCAGCAUAGACAUAAAAUGCGCACAACUGAAUUGAGGGAAUAAUCAUCCAACGACUAAUUUAAUUCCGUUUAUAGGUGACAGCAGAAGUUUCUUCGAAUUUUUCAUUUUUGCAUACGUGUCUGCACUUAGGCUGCUAAAGCUCUUGAUUUUGAACACAUUUUUAGCAAUGUCAAAGAUUGAAUACAUACAUACUUUAUUUCUUUGGAAGAAACGAAUAUUUGUGCUAUCGUUUUGAUGCUGUUGCAUUGAGCCAAAACUUUUCAAUUUAUUGCGCUCGAGUUUCUCUAGACUUCUUCAUCUGAACGAAAGUUGAGUUCAGUGGUUCUCGGAAUUUGUCGGCGCAGCCCUUUCUACACUAGAGCCGUUUGCUCAAACGCAAUGUAGUUUAUACUGAUUCCAACAUAUAGCGAUGUAUUCGACUAGAAAAAAGGUAGUUUGAAGUCUUCGUCCAUUGCUUCUAAUGUUACCCAUCAAAUAAAGCAGAUAAACAUUAUCUCAUAUUUAGAAGAGGGGGAUUGUGAUGAGUUUAGAGCUUUGCGGCAAGACCACGUGUGUGCAACCUUAGAAGUUGUUUGUUAUUUCGCCAUGAAUCUACCGUGACGGUCAAGGGCAACUUUCAAUUAUUGUGAAAUAAUUGGAUAAACAGCAGUAGGAAUUAUAAGCUAUUCUUCCAAGAGAGCCAGAAAGACGAGGAAAAAAUAUUAGAAUUCGAUAAAACCCGCUGGAGUUAAUUCAAUCACUGCAGUUCGCCAUGGGCGAUAUGGAACCAUGGCAUUUGGCUUAAAGGGAUGCAUGCACAGUUCACAAGAUUACGAUGACAUUGGCCUUGGAUGAACAAUUCUUGACGGAGCUCCGCCCUUAUCGGCGUGGGAGAGUGACAACUAGAGCGGAAGAUUAUUGACUGAAACUCUCAACUUUACCUUUCAUCAUCUACCAUCUUAAACUUGUGUUAACGGUGCGCCGUUGAAUCAAAUCCUAACUGAACAAGCAGUAGAA